AGCGCUGUCACCGAGUGUCACGCUGCCCCUCCCGCCCUCCACCCGGGGUGGGGGCGUGGAGCGCGGGAGGGCGGGCUUCUCCGCCCGCCUCCCAGCACCCGGGGCGCGCUGGCCUCCUGAACAGGGCGCGGAGCGCGCAGCCCAGAGCCGGCAGCCGGCUGUUGCCUGCCCUCGUGUCCUGGGCGGCUGUCGGGUUCCUGGAGAGCGCGUCCAGCCAUGGAGCCUUUGCACAAAGACGCCGAGACGGCGGCGGCGGCGGCGGCUGUGGCAGCGGCUGACCCCCGGGGGGCGUCGACGUCCAGCGGGGUGGUCGUGCAGGUUCGCGAGAAGAAGGGCCCCUUGCGCGCCGCCAUCCCCUACAUGCCCUUCCCGGUGGCUGUCAUCUGUCUCUUCCUCAACACUUUCGUGCCGGGAUUGGGUACCUUCGUCUCGGCCUUCACCGUGCUGUGUGGGGCCCGCACUGACCUCCCAGACAGGCACGUGUGCUGCGUCUUCUGGCUGAAUAUCGCUGCGGCCCUAAUUCAGGUGCUCACGGCCAUCGUUAUGGUGGGCUGGAUCAUGAGCAUCUUCUGGGGCAUGGACAUGGUCAUCCUUGCCAUCUCCCAAGGGUACAAGGAUCAGGGUAUCCCACAGCAGCUGUGAGCCUCCAGAACCUGCCAGGGAAGUCCAGGGUCCUGUGAGGGCUGCACCAGGUGACUCCGGGCACAAGGACCUUCACAUGUUCUCUUCUGCCACCUCUCAGUUUGGGGUAGAAAGGGAGUAUUUCAAAACAUAUUAUUUAUUUUGAAAAACACACCUGCUUUUCUCAGCAGGCUCUGAGGCCAACUUCUCCCUCUGCUCCGGAGGGCACAGGAAGAACAGGGCCAGAACUUCAGGACUGGGCUAGAGGCAGGAAAUUGACCAAGCACCAGGGAUGCUGGGCGUGCCACUCCAACUGCCCACUCACCCAGGCCUGCCAGGAUGGGCUUCUGUAGACCCCGUGCAGGUGAUCAGGCACUCUUCCAGGCAUUAGGACUUCAUGGAACAUUUCUCCUGGGCCCUCACCCCCUCACUCAGCCGUGUGGUUCCCUGUACCUGCUCUGUAGUCUCCUGGGGGCAGUAUCAGGGUGGAGGUUGCAAGGUAGCCAGGUGGUAGCCCAGUGUAGAAAGGUCCUUGGGUCUCCACAGGUGUCUGAUGACACCCCAGCCUUUUAGUCGCUGGGUGUGUGCGUGUGACCUUUGCUUCUCAGAGGCAAGGGUGGCACCGGCUCCACCUCUGGGAUGGUGUUGCUAGAAUUCCAGAUGUUUAUAUGCAAAAUGACCAGACUGAGUUGUGAGCGGCUACAGACCAACAGCCUUCUUGGAUAUAUUUACUAUUGUUUCUGGUCCCCUCUCCUUCUGACAUCCACGUGUUUCCGAAUCCAGAUGGUUCAGUUUGAGGAAGGUGACGGCAUCCAUUCAUUGCUAUUUCCUAACACCCGAGCCGGGUCUGGGCUUCCCACCCACUGCCGAGCAUGCGGCUAUCUCUAGGGAGUCCUGUGAAUAGUCAGAUGGCUUGGGACCCACGAAAUGUAAAUAGCCUUGCCCGCUCAGGUCUCCCGAGCAAGUCCUGGGGGACACUGGAGACUCGUCUGUAUUUGAAGUGUGAGAAGAGCAACCUCGUGAGGUUGAGGACUUCGACCUGGAACUCAUACGUGCUGCAAGAGGAUGUGUUACGAGGCUGGAGUUGGUGUCACAACGUGUGGACCUUGGUGGCCCUUUAAGCGGCAAACCUGGGAGUGAUGUACCAGUACAGAGCUAGAUCGUUAGUAGGGGGAGAGACCAAGAGAAGGUUUGCGGGCACCAGUCUGAUGAAGAGAAAGGCGACCCAAAGUUACAGCGAUGGUGUGGCUGUUUGCAUCUCCCUCCAUCCUCAUUCUAACGUAGGAAGCGCUCACAUGUGGGACAGGCCCAGAGCUCAGUUCCCAGCCGUACUGGCCGUGAGCCAUCAGUGGGUCCCUCUUGGAGAAUCUUUCCUUAUCUAACAGAGGCUCUGUCACAGCAGGGCUAAGGAAAGGAGCUGUCCACCCACUGCCUUGGUGGAUGGAGGCUCUUGGGAAGCAGCUCCCAUGGCCCUGGGGUUCCAGCCCCCUACCAGGCUUCUUAAUCGCAGUCUUUGGGAGCAGGCCCCCAAACUGAACGGCCCCUGAUGUCACCAUGAAGAGAUGUGGUCCUGUGACUACUCCCUCCUGGCUCUGACUCUGGACUAGUUUGCCUGUCCUCCCCUGUGUCUACCCAUUAGUUUCUUCCAGGGCCGUGUGCGAUCGAGUUGCACCCUCAAACACCUGCCAGGGUCCUGUCUCUUUCUGCAUUUCCUUCUGUUGCUUCUGUGUGUCUACAGCCCCUGUGUUGGGACAACACUCUGGCAGAUCACUGCUCUCAAGGAAGCUACAUCAGGUACCAAAGCUGUACCAGACAGUCACGGCACAGGGAAAUGAUGGGUCAAUGUGCCCUCCUACGCUACCAUCCCAUGGCCCUUUACUCCACAUAGCCAGUGAUGACAAAGCCUUGGCAAGGGCAGCCCCCAGAGUGAGGGAGGAGUCUAUGUGCCUGGCUUGGGCUGGGGGUGGCUCCUGGGGGCGUUAAAAGGAGACAGCAAUUUGUAUUGCUUGUUUCGUGACGUGAGCCAGACACGAGUGGGACUUUUCUGAGUGACAAGUGUCACCGUGAGUUCCAGUGUGGGAUGACUUAAUACAGGGGUUUGCGAGCUUGGAAAGCUGUCUCCCUGGCACCCCCCCCCCCACUCCAGGCGGCCGAUGUGGGUAGACUUAGGAGCCCCCCAGAAUAGUGAGUCUGAGGGUUGCCAUUAGCAUAGCUUUAGUAUAUAUAUAGUAUAUUCUCAGAUGAUGGACAGUGGCUAAAUUACUCCACAUAGUCCAGCCUGGCCAUUGGAUCUAGGUGACCAGAGUUCAUUUACUAAACACCAGCCAUCUAGAAAGCAGGGCCAUCAAGCCAGAAAGCGCUUCGUGUCUACAGGGCCCUUCAGUGACAAGGCUGCCUGGAUGGCAUAGCUCAGGGCCGCUGUCCCAACCUUGGAAAAAGAAUUCAGAAGAAUAUUCUCUGGCUAGGAGUGGCAGGGGCAGAGACCAAAGGCACACAGAGAACAUCCUGGUGAACGAGACACUGACGUGGCAUCGUGGUCAGAGGGGCCAUUUUUCCACCACAGUGGGACCCCGGAGCAACAGCGAGGCGCCGGGUAGCCCGAGCGCCCUGGUUUCCUUUCUGUCGCCAUGAUACCACGUGCUGACCAAAGAGCAGCAUGCGGGAGGGAGGGGCUUUUGUUUCUGUUUGCGUUUUUGCUUCUUCUAACCCAGGUGAUGUGCAGAGGAGUCAUGAUGCGGGGACUCGGAAGCUGCUAGUCGGACAUGCGCAGUCAAGAGCAAGAGAAACGAAUGUGUCCGUGCCGUGUGCUCUCUGGCGCCUCAGCUAGUUUUAUGUACACUAAGUCCAGGACUGUGAAAGGGUGCCGCCCACAAUCAGAGUGGACCACUAACGUCAGUGAACAAUUGUUCAAUGAACAAUUCAGAUAACCCGCCACAGACAUGCCCACCGGUCAAUCUGAUCUGAAUAACUCCUCAUUAAGACAUUCCCCGUGUGGUUCUAGGUUUUGCCAAGCUAAAACUAAGCAGCAGUAUGUAGUGUAUUGUGGAGACCACUGGGGACUCCGGACCGUGGCCAGGGGUCCUGUGGAUUGUGGACUGUGGCCACAAUGGUAUCACCCACCCCCAGCCUCAGUCUGACCAAGCUGCUGCCCUGGCUCAAGUCUCCAGCUGCCCUGGAGAGACGAGAAGGAAGUGACAAGGACAUGGUCUGCUCCCUGCCUCCAGGCCCCAGACCUGUGUCCAGCUCCAGAGCACAACCCCACAGAAGGCCUGGCCCAGGUGUUGCCCAGAGCAGUUCAUCUUCUGGGUUCUGUGAACAGCCUGUGGAGAGGGGGUUAGUUAAGCUUUCCCAUGGAGAGUGGAGGCAUCUCCCCCAGACACACACCCCUCAGGAGUCACAGGGAGGGAUAGUGAACCUCUUCAGAUGGAUGGGGCAGGGUUUUCCCCCUGCCUUCCUGGAUCCUUGACCUCAUCUGCCCUCAAAGCCGUGCACCCUGGCUUCUGCGGGCCCCUGAUGGAGGGUGGGAGCAGAUGGCAGCUGGAGACAGUUGGUACUAAGAGCUGCCUGCCUCAUGGGAUCCAGUCCCUGCGUUCCCUCACAGGACCAAUGCUGCACUGAUGCAUGAUAAAAUCGUGGGGUGUAAGAUGCUGGGGGCUGGGGAGCAGAGAGGAGAGCUCAGCUAAAGGAGACCCAGCAUGUCCCCCAAACAGAAAAGAAUCAAGAUGUGCAAAAGAAAAGCCAUCUAUACAUCUCAAACACUGAGUCUAAGGCCAACAUACAGUGGCUGAAACCCCAAGACCAGAAAAAUCCCCCGCAAAGGUCUAAGGUUUCUGAAGGGGGAAGCUGAAUGUCUGGUCCUUUUUCCUUAAGAUACAAAACACAGCCGUCUUUCUCUUUAGCUGGUCUCUUCCUGGCUGGGCCGGUGGGCCACCUUAACACAUGCCUCCAGCUUACAUGAGGUGGGAGUGGGCCAUCCAGUCCUUAGUGAUGUGCGUCCUUCUUAAGGACCCACAUGAAGAAAGCUGGGGCCAAGUACAGCAUGCUGGGGACGCAGAAAUGUAGUGCUCUGUUAGUGGUAACACUCCCGGCAGGUCUUUCUCACACCCUCUGGAUCAUGUUCUAGCUCCACUGUAGGGACCCGAGGGGAGCUUUGGGAAACCCCCAGCCUCCCUAGUCAUGACUUCGCAGAGGCUGGCCUCCUCUGUGGUUUGGGAGGCUUUGGGCUUAGAGAAAACACUCUGUAGACACCGCCAUCACUUACUCCAGGGCAGAAGUGUGCCCAGUGCAGACCAAGGUCUCCCCCUAGUGGAGGCAGGAAGCCAGGACACCAUCUGUGGGCCGGGGGUGGGGUCCACUGGCUCACCUGUGGGGUUCUGCAGUUAGCAAAUGUUCCUUCAGUGCUAAAAGUGCUCAGGUCCUGAGCUCAGAUGAAAGAUGCCCUUCACUCUACAUCCCUGCAGUACCCAGCUUCCACCAGUGACAGCAAGGCUGGGGAGACCCUUUCUUCAAGGACCAGCUGCUCUGUAUCCUUCCAGAGAGUUCUGUGCCUAGGUUGUAGGUUGUCAGGGACAUGGAGGUCAUCUUGGGUAGUGGCAGGGACAUAGUGUUGUGACUAGGUCAGCUGAGUGGUGAGGGGAGCCUACAAUCUUCCUCCUCUUCCUGUCGACUUUCGAAAGCUUCUGAAUGUUACUGGCUUCACAGAGGCAAGGUAUGAUUCCACUCAAAGCACGACCCAGCCUCAAUCCCAUGAUGCACCAUGACAGAAUGAAUCCCAACCAUGGUGGUCCCGAGUACCCUUCAUGUCUCGGGGUGACUAUGGUCUAGCGUCACCCAUGUCCCUCUAUCUGCCUUGUUCUCUACAGUAUAGGAAUAAAGCCAGCCCUUCAUUUCCCCAAUCCUGCCAAAGCCAAGGGUUUAGAGAACCCAGGCCCACCCAGGCAGGGGAGGUAUGUUGACCUUACUACUCACAAAGGCUGGAAGCCCCAGAGCUGGGAGAGCCCAGAUUCUUCUUGGCAAAACAGACACUAGUCCAACACGCCACAACCCUCCUCCCUGCAGGGCAAGUGACCUUUCCUGGGGAAACACAGAGAAGUGUCUCUUUGCCCCAGAUAGGUUACCGAAGGUCUAAAGAAAGGAUUCCACCAAAGUUAAAUCUGGGACCCAGUGAGUUUAUGGGGUUACUUACAGGAGCAUGGGUGACUCUUGGUAAGCUAUGUCACAGAAAAGCCCCACCCCAGCAUGGGUGACAACUCAGGAAAGCUGCAUCAUUGCUGUCCUCACCCCAGUCAGCCCCCCCUUCCCUACCGCCCCCCAACUCUAUCCCCUACACACACUGGGUUCCUCUCUCUUCUGGGCUCGGUAUCCCCAUGGCACCAAAUCCAGAUCCACUGAAGUCCCGGGGCUGCAGGGUGGUCUGAUGUGCGAGAGGUGAGAAGAGGCAGUGACCACUUCCUGAGGCUUUUCUGGGACUUCAGACAGGACUUUCAUUUUCUGAAGGAGCCAGCGAGGAGCAGAGGAGGAGGGAAGAUCAGAGCAGAGAGAGAUGAUGGGCUUGUGACAAACUUCUGCAGGCUUUUGUGGAGCUGUGGCUGGCCUUCUCACAGGCACAGCUGGAUACCGUGGCACAGGCUGCUGUUUUGGUUUCAACGACACAUAAAAGGGAGACCCUGGCACUGUCGCUGAAUGACGGCAAGUGCUGGGUUGUGAAUUACCGUUUUGGUGUUGCCGUUGGCUUCGUUCGGGUCUCUUGUCUCUGUCAAAUUAACCACUGUACAUUUUUCCUGUCCUCUGACGAUAUCCAGGGCUUUCUUCUCUCACUCCUACUCACAGGGAGCCAGCCCACAUGCCUCGCUCCAGUCAGGGGGCCAUUGCCAGCCCAUUCCAAAGAUUGGAGACUUGCCUGGCUGAAACUGGGGCCCAGGUCUGACUUUGGCUAAAUUUUCCCAGUGUUCUCAGGCUUGACCCUGCCCUCCCUCCCCCAAGUCUCAGUCCGGGGUCCACAAGAUUCCACAAGAGCUGAGCAGAGCUCCUGCUGCUCCAGCUUCCCGCCAGCUUUGAACCCCUUCCUUCCAGCAAUGCUACUGUCCAUGUGAUGGAGAACCACCCACAACAACAAAGCCCGUGUACAUACCUCCAUAUACAUAUGUGUACAUACACAUGCGAUCCUGUUAUAAAUAUACAAAGCAUGGCAUUUCUUUGACAUUCUAAUUUGUGUUUUGUUUUUGUUGUUUGUUUUUUUUUUUCAAUUCUUGGAAAUACGGUUUUGGAAAUCUUCUUUUUCCUCUUUUCUAUGUAAUAAACAUUCAUGUGACCUUU